GUAAAGUGGCCAAAGUAAUGAAAAACAAAACAAGAAACAUUGAAAAUCUUAGACGAAAUAUCACGUUAUUAAAUGAAUUACUAUAAGAGGAAACGCUUUUCAGUUGUGGCCCAAUCACUGGUGCUCUUCUUCUUUUUAAUAAAUACUGAAGUGUUCGGAAUCUCUCACCCAGAACAGGUUUUGCAAAAUAGUAAAGAACAUGACAAGAGUUUAGAAAAAAAUAGUGUAACGUCAAAAGAUUCGUUAAUUUUAUUUAAAGAAAAUCAAUCAAAGUUCCAGAGAUCAACUGUAAAUAUGUAUACCUCAGCAGCUACAUGUGAGUCCUUCACAUUUGAUGAUCCAGCUGGACAUAUUUUGCACAGCCCUGGUUUCCCAAAUAACUACCCGAACAGCGUUGAUUGUGUAAGAAUUUUAGAAGCCCCAAUUGGAUUUGUGUUACGGCUCGAUUUUCGUGACUCUUUUUUUAUUGAGCCUUCAGAUGAUUGUAAAUUUGACUUUCUUGAAAUUCGAGAUGGUGCUCAUGGGUUUUCAACAUUGAUUGGACAGUAUUGUGGUAAUAACUUCCCACCUAUGAUUCAAAGCAAAGAUCGGUUCUUAUGGUUGCAUUUUCAUUCAGAUGAUAAUAUUGAAUAUCAUGGUUUUACAGCCGUUUAUGAAUUCAUUCCAAGACCUACUGCAACUGUAUUCGAUGAGGAAGGUUGUCGCAUGAAUAGAGAUGGUAAUGAAGGAUUUAUUAAUAGAACGGAUAUCCCACACACAAGAGUCCGAACAGUUGUCGAGCAUGGACUGUCAUUAGAUUGCAUGUGGACAAUUACUGUGCAAGAGGGGUGGAAAGUUCAAUUGUCAUUUGAAAAGUUUAAAUUGGAAAAACCAAACGAUUGUGAAAGUAAUUUUAUCGAUGUUUUUGAUGAACGUACAGACAUGCCAUCACGUCUGAGAAACUUUUGUGGAUCCGUAGCUGACUCUGUAAACUCAAAAACAAACGUUGUUCACAUACGAUUUUUUGCAGAAGCAUCUGCGGUUAAUUCUUCAUUUGCAAUAUUAUACACUGCAUAUCAUGAUAAAAUAGGUAGUUCUGCUAAAUGCGAAGACGAUGAAUUUGAUUGUGAGGAUGCAAAGUGUAUAUCUAGUGACUUGUACUGUAAUGGUAUAACGAACUGUCAGUAUCGUUGGGACGAAAUGAAGUGCUCCCAAACCGUUGUUGGCCAAUCUGAACAUAUAACUAUUAUAAUUGUAGUAUUUGGUCUUAUAUUAGGAGGAAUGAUGGUAACUUUUAUCAUCAAUUGUAUAAGAAAAUUGGCAAAGGAUCAAAAAAUUAUCAGAGAACAUAUUCGACAGUCACGUGAAAGUGAAUUAGAUGCAAUAGACCACCGCGAAAUUAAGAAAUCACUUCAAAGCAUAGAUAAAAUCAAUGGAAAAUCAUCAUUAAAAUCUGUGGAUUUUCAUGAACUAGGAACAUACCAAAUGCAAGUUUCUAGCAGUCAGUCUGCAUCAAAAGAUUCUGAAGAAAGACAUUAUAAUGAGGCACUAAAACAAAAUAACGAAAUUAACAUCAAUCAUCAAGAGUUUUUGUGUAAACCUAGUAACAAAAUGUGUGAAGUGGGAUCCCAAACACGUGAAUCACUAUUUCAAAAUAUAUGCAAUUCUAAAGCACAAACUAGUCACCGUUUGUCCUCAUUCGGUGUUCCAACCAUACCUUCAUUUCAAACUGCAGCGAAUGACGUUGAGGACAUCGGAUACAAUCAUAAAAAUCAUUGGGGUUCUACAAGAACACAAAGGUUUUUAUUCAAUAAUAACAAAGAUAUUGAUAUACCAGACGAUGAACAUGAUCGUAAAUCAGCACCUGAUGUAAUAAUAGUAACUAAUUCUAUUUCAACUAAACCCUGAACCCGAUAAAAUAAAUAUUGGAUUUUUUUAUCUUUAAUUUAGCGUUAAAUUUAUAAAAUCUUCAUUCUUGAAGUUGUAAUUUGAAAGGAAUUUUUAAGGUUUAGUUUUUACCUCCCUUAGAAAGUUAAAGAUAUAUGAUUAUUUGCAUAUUAUAAGUAAAAAUAA